CGCCCGAAAAAUCACACUACCCACUUUAUGCUCAGCAGAAGUCUAUCAGUAGUGCUCUUCACUUCCCCAGAACAAAACAAAACAAAAACAAAAAUAAAAUACAAUAAAAAUGGAGCUUCCAUUUUUCACCACCACGGCCGCCACCAGCAGCAGCAGCAGCGCCACCACCAGAGCGGAAGCUCUACGGUGGUUAUCUAUAGCCGAGAAGCUUUUAGCUGGACGUGACCUCGUGGGUAGCAAAUCAUUCGCCGCCCGGGCAAGAGAAUCCGACCCGACCCUUUUGUACGCGGACCAAAUAAUCGCCGUCGCCGACACCCUCCUCUCCGGAGAUAAGCGGAUCAACAACCUCCACGACUGGUAUUCUGUGCUGCAGCUCACCCCUCAGCAGUCCCGCGACGCCGAGCUCAUCGCCGGUCAGUACCGGAAGCUCGCACUUCUUUUAAACCCGCAGAAGAAUAAGCUCCCCUUUGCCGAUCAAGCCUUCACACUUGUGGUUAAUGCCUGGCAAGUAUUAUCUAACCCCUCUAGAAAGAACAUGUACGAUAGCGAGCUGAUGGCUCACCUCAGAGUCAACCCGAUGAGUCCUGUCCCUCCUGGGUUUAAUCCGGCCAGCCCUAGGGAACAAGUUAACUAUCAGCCAUUUGAGAUAAAUUUUCAGGUGAUGCCUCAGCAUGCAAUGAGCAAUCGAGAACAAGUGAUGCAGCCCACCCAGCCCCAACAUGGGACGGUUAGAGAACCAACCCGGAGUCAGAUUUUACUCCCGCAAAAUCUGACUCGACAACCCAUCAGUCAAAAUUUGCCGCAGCAGAAUCUGAGUAGAGAGCAAGGGAGGCAACCCCAGCCCCCGCCUCAACCCCAGGCCCAGCUUCCACCUCAGCCCCAGCCCCAGCCCCAGCCCGAGCAGCAGCAGAGGAAAGAUAAUUUGAUGGGUAACAAUGCAACCCAUGAUUUUUCUAGUAGUAUUGGCAACGCUAGUAAUACUAAUGAUAACAAUAAUGUUCCUGAUGAUGAUGUUGACGUUGGUAAUAAUAGUGACGUUAAUCGAAGAGAGGAGGAGAGGGGAAAGGAUGGAUCAUCAGAUGGUGGGGCAUUGAGUUUCUGGACAGCAUGUCCUUAUUGUUAUUAUAUGUACGAGUAUCCUAGUGUUUAUGCGGAUUGUACCUUGAAAUGUCAGAAUUGUAGGAAGGCGUUUCAAGGGGUGGAGCUUCCAUCACCACCCCCCAUUGUUGAUGGCCAGGAUGCAUACUUUUGUUGUUGGGGAUUAAUGCCAUUGGGGGUUUCCAUGGAGAUUUUGGAGAGGAACAGGGGGAAGGGUGGAAAAUGGACUCCAUUUUCGCCUAUGUUUACUUGUCCAAAAGGGAUGGGAAGCAGUGGGAAUGCUGGGAAUUGGAAUGUGAAUAAUGGGAAAAAUAAUGCUGCGGGACCGAGGAGUGGGAAUGUGGGUAGUAAAAAGAAGAGUUCAGGUCCAAGAGUUUAUGUAGAUGAUGAGGAUGUGUUUUUGGAAUAUUCGGAUCCAAGUGAGGAAUCUGAUGAUGAUUGGCGAACUGAAAUGAGGAAGAAGAAAGCAAAAGGCGAGAAGAAAAUGAAGGUUGUCAAAAAUAAAGGAACAGGAACACCUGGUCGCAGAGGCAGACCACCAAAGGUUGACAAGGGGAAGAAUCCUAAAGGGGAGAGUGAGAAUGUGCGAGAAGGCUUGGUUGUUCAAGAGGGUGUUGAAGUGCCUAAUGCACCCUCUGCAGAGUCAAGUAAGAAAGUGGCUGCUACUAGUGGAAGGAGGCAUUCUGCGAGAGUUGCAAAGGACUUUGGGAAGUUAGACUUGAAUGUGGAAUUUAAUAAUGAGGUUGAAGAGCCUGCACCAAGGGUGGUCCAAGGAAAUGGAACAGGCCGUGGGGAGGAGGAUAUCAUUGAGGGGAGUGGUUUUUUUGAGGGUCUGGAUGAGUUCCUAAGCACUCUUCCAAUACUCAACGUUGUAGGUGAUGAUAAGGUCAAGGCUGCUUAGUGAAAUUUGGAUCUAUCCUGUUGUAGUUUUAGCUACUUUUUUGUUUUUUUAAUGCCUGUAGAACUUAAUGAUGUAGAGCAACUUGGGCAUUUCCCUUUAUUUUUCUUGUGUAGUCUAAUUGAAUGUACAUUCAGCAGCAGGAUGCUUUUUAUGGUACGGUUUACAGCUUCAGAAUCGAGCUGUUUAAUGAUUAAGAACUAUUUUCGUUUUUA